GGAAAUAAUUAUGGCUGCAGUACAGUUCCCCUGCUUCAGUGUGACAUAUCUCUUCCAUGCUAAAGCUGGAAAAAAAACAAAGAUGCUUAAUUAAGCUAUCCCUUGUGUGAGUCCAAAAAUAUUAGCCGGGCGGCGUCGACGGCAUAGAGACGACAUCAUGCCUAUCUAAGUACGUAGAGACGUAACAGAAGCUCGCAAAACGCAGCAAGAAGUACGUUAAUCCAACAAGAGGUAAUAAGCUAAAGCUAGCUAGCCGAUCAGUAAUGGCGCGCGCACCACACAACGACGACGACAAAGCGCCGCCGUUCCGGUGCCUGGACUUGGCGCGGCUGGUGGUGGCGGCGGCGAUGACGGUGCUGAUCGUGGCGGUGACCGCGUACGCCGUCACCGUCGUCCUCCGGCCCGGCGAGCUCUCGCUCUGGGUCAUCGGGGGCUCCGUCUCCGUCACCCGAAGCGACGACGUCAGCAGCAGCAGCAGCAGCAACCUGACGCCGACGACGGCCAUGCCGUACAACGCCAGCCUCGGCCAAGCGCUGACCUUCCAGCUGGCCGUGCGCGCCGUGAACCCGAGCGGCCGCGUCCGCAUCUACUACAACGGCACCGUCGCCAAGCUCUGGGCCGGGAACUCCUCGGGCCAGGUCAACAGCUUCCUCGGCUUCCCUUUCAGUGACGUGGCCCUGGCGCCGCAGUCCACCGUGGACUCCGCCGUGCUGGUGAACACGUCGGCGGCUGUUCGCUCCCAGCUGGACUACUUCCAGAAGCUCGGCGACGGCAUCGGCAGCGUCAACGGCUCAUGGCUGGUGCUCAACGGCACCCUUACCGUCGAGAACUACUCCGGCCACAACCUGCCCGCCGUGCAAGCCAUCUACUACUGCUCGCCCCUCCUCGUCGGCGGCGAUCCGGACGACCAGGAUAGGGACGUGUCCUGCACCAAGACUCCACCGGCGGCCGCCCGCCUGUGAUCCGCACACAUCGGUGAUAUAUGCAUGUAAAUUUGUUUUUCCCCUUCCCAAAUGGUGAAUGAUGUAAUCUUAUUCCGCACUUUGCAAAUUCAGUUACGAGUAUAAUGGAUUUUUUAUCUAAGGAUUUUUGUUAAA